AUCAGUAAAUACAAAUUUGAUCGUUAAUUAUACUCAUCAUCUCUCUAGCUCCUCUGCAAACACCAUGGCUGAAUCAACUUCAACGAGUGCAAUCGCCGCAACUGCUCCUAUCUCCACACCUUCGCCUGUUGACCUAGUUGACUCUUCAUCCAUCUCCGAUCUCACUCAGUCCUUCAAUUUCUCUUCCGGGAACCCUAGAAUUGAAGAGACUAGAGGCAUCAUGCUUCUUUAUCGCCACGACGCCGCUUCAUCAUCCUUGCCUGUUGAAAGGAAACCUCUUGUCUGUGUGCUUGGGGUGCCAAAUCACAUGACAUAUGCUGAUUUUUGUCAGUUCUGUGGUUCGUUUGUUCAACAUAUAUUGGAAAUGCGAAUUGUCAGAAAUGAUGGGAUGGAGGAUAAAUAUAGUGUUCUGAUAAGGUUUGAUGGGCAAGAUUCAACGGAUUCUUUCUACAAGCAUUUCAAUGGAAGACACUUUUCCUCCCUUGAGGAAGAGGCUUGUCAUAUGCUUUUUACAGUUGAUGUUCAAUACACAGGUUCAAUAGAACAUGCACAGGCUUUACCCGUAAGCUCCACUGAGCAGCCAUCUUGUCCGGUUUGUCUUGAAAGGUUGGACCAGGAUACGAGUGGGAUCCUUACAACUAUCUGCAAUCAUUCUUUCCAUUGCUCCUGCAUAUCUAAAUGGACAGAUUCUUCUUGUCCGGUAUGUCGAUACUGUCAGCAGCAGCCUGAAAAUUCGAAAUGUUUUAUCUGUCAAACAUCGGAGAAUGUAUGGAUAUGUGUUAUUUGUGGUUUUGUAGGUUGCGGAAGGUACAAAGAAGGGCAUGCUAUAAGACACUGGAAAGAAACACAACACUGUUACUCACUUGAAUUGGAAACCCAACGUGUGUGGGACUAUGUGGGAGACAACUACGUUCACCGCUUGAUACAGUCAAAAACUGAUGGAAAGCUGGUCGAGUUGAACCACCGUUGUGUACAUGGUGAUGAUGGUUGUGGAAUUUGUGAAUGUGGUUCAGAUCCUGCUUUUGAGGAGGCUCAAUUAAACAGCAAAGUUGAAGCUAUCGUAAAUGAGUAUCAGGAGCUGCUGACUACCCAGCUUGAGAAUCAAAAGAUGUAUUUUGAGUCUCUGCUAAAGGAAUUCGAAGAAUCAGAAACUUCCGAAGUUGAGAAAGCUUCAAAUCAGAGUUUAAAACUACAAAAAAUGCAAGCCAAGCGGGACAAAGUUAUUGAAGAGAAGAAGUUUCAGGAGGAUAUCAAUUUACAUCUUUUGAGCAACAAGGCGAUCUGGCAGGAAAAGAUAUUAGAAGCUGAAGCAAGGAAGAAAACUACUGACCAGGACGACAAGAUAGAGGAAUUGGAAGAGCAGCUCAUGAAGUUAAUGUUGGCCCUGGAGGAUGCAAAUGCUCAAAACGAUCACCUGUCAGCAUCAAAACAAGUCAAGGUGGGAGGUGAAUUGCCCGAGAUUUCUUCAAAUAAAACUAGUAAAAGGAGCCAUAAGAACAAUGCACAAAGAAGUGGCUAAACUUGAAGGUCUGGUGUUGUAGACUUGUACAUCAAAGGUGUGUUGGCUCAAUUUAAUAGGACAAGGCGGGGGUACCUGAAAUUUUUGAUGAAUAGAAGUUGAAGAAUUUUGAAGAAGAAAUACAAAUCUAUACUAAAAUAUAAUAAGCGAACAUAGGGAUAAUUGUAGUCGUCAUUUUGUUACAUAUUUUUGGUAAUUCCUGAAUUAUCAUUUUCUUUGUAUUA